AUGAACACGAUACUUGACGAGCUCGACUUCGCUGCACUUUGUGGGAAUUCUGCCGACUGGGCAGGUGUGGUCGUGAGAAAGAGUUUGGAUAAGCUCGAUGAGGGCUGCAUCCUGCAGUUGUGUGGGAAUCCUGCACUGUGGGCUGGCGAACUUGUAAAGACGAAGCUCGGCAUCGCUAGCGACAGCAAGCCCGACGUCCCUCAGCAGGUUGCGUUGUGUGGGAACCCCGGAGACUGGGCUGGCGAGAUCGUGGCCGCGAUCAGGAAGCCCUCGAGAGGAGCGUGUGGGAACCCCGCUCGCUGGGCGCGCACGAUUGUGCUUCGAGGUAGAAGCUCAGGUCUCAACAACGCUCAGUGUAAUGAGGCGUUGUGCGCGAAUGAAGCGGAGUGGGCGAGCACGGUUAUCCGACGCAACGUCAUCUGCCGCGAGCGCUAUCUCAAAAGGUUGUGCUUGAACCCAGCUCCGUGGGCCUCGGCGGCUCUAAAGAAUCUCCGCCACAUCCUGAUCCGUAACCACACGCGAGACUUGUGCGAGAACUCGGGUGAGUGGGCGAAGGAGAUCUUGACACAAGAGCUUAAGCGAGGCAACGAGUGGGCUGGCAUUAUGGUAGAUUCGAUGUGCGAUAGCCCCGAGUUGCUGGACUUCCACCGCCUUUCGAUGAACCCUGCUCUGUGGGCGAUCAAGAAGCUGCUCGAGCACUCGGACAAGAUCGAUUUCCAGGCCAUAUCGACAAAUAGAUUCCCACUGGAGCCAAGCUUGAACGAACCCGAAGCGGAGCUAGACCCUACCAGUAACGAAACGAGCGCCGGGAUAGCUUACCACAAGAUCGUGACGUACAACGCUAUCGAGCAGAAGCUGCUAGUCGGCUACUUUGGUACAGCCACAAAGCCGAGCAACGAGACCUUCGAGCUCCUGGACGCAGCGAUAUGCGCUAACCCAACGCUCGCGGAGGGUUUGUUGGGCGAAACCUCUCUGGGGAAGCUGCACACUCUGCGCGAGGAGCGGAACCGCUUGGUUCACGCAGUCACUGCGACUGCCGAAGACGGUAACACCGCCCUCGAUGCUCAAGCGGAAGAAGAUGAGGAGAAAGAGGACGAGAAAGCGGGAUCCCUUGCUGUCCUUGCAGCCAAGAUCGGAAGGAAGAAAGAGGCGGAAGCGGUCAACAGGGUCCGUUUGCAGCAAAUGCGCAUGCUGAUGGACGAGGAAGCGGAGGAGGAGCGCCACUUCCAGGAGCUCCAAGAGGAGGCCGAGAGGCAGCAGCGCAAGAUCCUGGAGGAUAUGGAGCGCAAGCGCCGCGACUGGAGCAGAAUCGAGCCGCUCGCCACGCGAAGGCGGUGGCGGCGCCGACCGUCGGCCCUGCCAUCACGGCUCGCUAUGCAAUGCAAUGCAAUGAUUUACGUGUUCGCGUAG